ACCCUGGCCACCUUGAAAACUCACAGCUCCCGCCUCUGUCUGCCCAUGUCUGGCUUUGCUGGUGGCGAGGGGAAGGCCGUUCUCUAUCUGUACGUCACUGACUUCAUCUGCUGCGUGGCCGUGGUCUCCGUCUCCUACGUCAUGAUCGCCCAAGCCCUGCGCAGGAACGCCCAGGUGAGGAAGUGCCCACCCGUGGUGGCUGUGGAUGCCCCUAGACCGCAGCCCUUUCCACCGGCCACCGCUGCUGCCCAGCUCCAGCUUGUGUCAGCGGUCAACCUGUCCACAGCCAAAGACUCCAAGGCGGUGGUGACUUGCGUCGUCAUCGUGCUCUCUGUCUUGGUUUGCUGCCUGCCACUGGGUAUCUCAUUGGUGCAGGAUAUGCUGUCCAGCCGUGGUGGCUUUGUUCUCUACCAGUUUGAGCUGUGUGGCUUUACCCUCAUUUUUUUCAAAUCUGGGUUAAAUCCUUUUAUAUAUUCUCGCAACAGCGCCGGACUUCGGAGACGAGUCCUCUGGUGCCUGCAGUACAUAGCCCUUGUCUUUUUCUGCUGCAAGCAGAAAACGAGGCUUCGGGCCAUGGGCAAAGGCAGCCUGGAAGUCAACAGGAACAAGUCAUCGCACCACGAGACUAAUUCAGCGUACAUGCUGUCUCCAAAACCUCAGAAAAAGUUUGUGGACCAAGCCUGUGGCCCAAGUCACUCCAAGGAAAGUGUGCUGAGUCCCAGGGCUUCUGCUGGGCAUCAGCACUACGCACAGAGCAGCUCGACCCCCAUGAACACCCGGAUUGAGCCCUAUUACAGUAUCUAUAACAGCAGCCCUUCCCAGGAGGUGAGCACUCCGAAUAGCUUGCAGCCCAUGAACUCCACUUUUGGGUUUGCCAAAUCCUACAUCGCCAUGCACUACCACACCACCAAUGACUUGGUGCGGGACUGUGACAGCACUUCGACUAAGCAGAUCCCAGUGCCCUCGGUGUAA